AUGGCAAACAAUAAAUUAGGAGAGCGAUCCACCAAAGACCAAGAUUCUGGGCGGCCUGUAGAUAGCCCUGACAUAUCUGCGAAGGAUAUAUUUCAGAGCAUCAAGGGUUUGAAUCUUAACAGCUAUGCAACUCGAAAAUCGAUUGCACAAGGCAUGCUUGACCUAGCGCUACUCACAGCCAACGCUUCACAAUUGAAGUACAUUCUGACCGUGGGGGAGGCACAUCAAUUUUACCACUUUCUACUCGUCCUAAUCAUUGUAUCGAUUUCACUUCAGAUAUUUCAAGCCUUGCUCAUUAUCGUUCUGGCCGUUGUUUUCGACAUUAAUAAGGUGGAAGAACAAAAGCGUUCCGAUAUCGUUAACAAUGUAUUAAUUGCAUUCACAGUGAUCAGCGUGGUAGUGAACGUGAUAAUAAGUGCGUUUGAUAUGAAAUCCCAGUCGGAGGUUUUGAAGCAAAUCUAA